CGACGACCUGCCGCGGGCCCGAGCCAGGGCGGACCGAAGUUUCGCGGGCCCGCCCGUGGCGGAGCCGUUACCGCGGCGCGCCGGAAGUCGCCGUAAGCCGGUGUCCUGGCCGCUCCUGCACAGAGCGAGCGCCCGUCCGGUCGGCGACGCCAUGGAGCCCGGGGCAGCCGAGCUGUACGAUCAGGCCCUGCUGGGCAUCCUGCAGCACGUGGGCAACGUCCAGGACUUCCUGCGCGUGCUCUUCGGCUUCCUCUACCGCAAGACCGACUUCUACCGCCUGCUGCGCCACCCCUCCGACCGCAUGGGCUUCCCGCCGGGGGCCGCGCAGGCGCUGGUGCUGCAGGUGUUCCAGACCUUUGACCGCAUGGCCCGUCAGGACGACGAGAAGAGGAGGAAGGAGCUGGAGGAGAAGAUGAGGAGAGAGGCGGCGGCAGCGGCGGAGCAGGAGCUGGUCCCUGCCCCGGUGCAGGAGGUGGAGGUCAACUCCACCGCGGACGCGGCCGUGGACGGGCCUGCGGGGCCUCCUGGCCAGCCGGAUGCUGCGCAGGGCGCCAUGCAGGGGGCGGCCCUGGGCUCCCAGGAGGACGCUGAGCCACCCGGCUCCGACAUGGGUGCUGCCCAGGCCUCGAGGGAACCCCCAGCUGCUCCCAAGAGGCAGGAGCAGUUCCAGAGGAACCCCGACAGCUACAACGGGGCGGUGCGCGAGAACUACACCUGGUCCCAGGACUACGCCGACCUGGAGCUCAAGGUGCCGGUGCCCGCGCAUGUGCUGAAGGGCCGGCAGGUGUCGGUGGCCCUCAGCAGCAGCUCCAUCCGGGUGGCCGUGCUGGAAGGCCAAGGGGAGAGGGUCCUCAUGGAGGGGAAGUUCACGCACAAGGUCAACACGGAGAGCUCCCUGUGGAGCCUGGAGCCCGGCAAGUGCGUGCUGGUGAGCCUGAGCAAGGCGGGCGAGUACUGGUGGAGCGCGGUUCUGGAGGGCGAGGAGCAGAUCGACAUCGAGCAGAUCAACAAGGAGCGCUCCAUGGCCACGGUGGACGAGGAGGAGCACGCCGUGCUGGACAGGCUCACCUUCGACUACCGCCAGAAGCUGCAGGGGAAGCCGCAGAGCCACGAGCUGAAAGUCCACGAGAUGCUGAAGAAGGGGUGGGACGCCGAAGGCUCCCCCUUCCGCGGCCAGAGGUUCGACCCGGCCAUGUUCAACAUCUCCCCGGGGGCCGUGCAGUUCUAGGGCCCAGGAGAGGGGGCCUCGCGGCCCCCGGCCCCACCCCGCCCGGCCCCCCAAGACUGUUCCAGAGCGGGGCGGGGCUGCGCCGAGGGGGGCUGGCCAGCGGGGACUUCCCCACGGGCAGCGCCGGCCCUGCGGGCCCCUGCUGCCCCCGCGCUCGCCACUGACCUGUAGAUCUGCUUGUUCUCGUGCUGGGGGGGGGGACGUGUGGGGCGGGCCGAGCGGUUUGGGGAGCAGCCUCCCUCGCCGGGCACAGCCCCCCCGAGUCCCGCCCACCCGCUCGCUCGCUCGCUCGCUCGUGUGUGACUGCUGCCUGGGGCUGGGACUGCAGACCCGCUGUCGGUCCCGGUUCUGGGAGGAAGCCCUGUGGCCGCCCGCAUGGCAGGACCUCUGACCUCUGACCUCUGACCGGGCCGCCCCGGCGCGCUCUUCUGAUGGGACGUCGUUCUUGCCCACGUGAGCCAUGCCGGCGCCCUCCGGACCGAGCCCGCCUCCGGAACGCGGCCCCACAGACUGGCACCAGGGGACGGGGGCCUGUCGGGAGGUGGUCCUUCCAGAGACUUCCGCCUCAGUGGUGUGCGUGCGUGGGAGCCGGUUCGUCACUGUCACUUCUGCUCGAAGAGUGUCCCCCUGGGGCCUGGGGGCCGUCAUGGGGGGGGGACACGGAUGCUGGCUGGGGGGCACGCCCCUGGGGCUCAGAGCCCUGACUGCGCCCGGCCCCGUGGCUGGGCCGGGGCGGCCGAGACCCCGCCGCAGGCCUCCGGGUCUCUGUCGCUGGCGAGACAGCUGUUCUCCAUGUGUCCGUCCCCGUGUCCCUCGUCCCUCCCCUGCGCCCCCCCCCCCCAGCUGGGGGUCUCUCGGAGUGAGCCGUCGGGGUGUGGCGCCUGUGUCUCAGUGGCUGGGGAGGCUGGAGCCCAGCACUCUGGCCGCCGUCUUCCUUUGGCCGGAUUUUACUUUGGUGCCGUGACACUUCCCGCCCCCGCAGGCUGCAACGGCGUCUGCAGGGUGCCGGUCCCCCGCGGCUGAUGGCAGCAGGUCGUCUGGUGGGGGCCUCUGCCCCUCGCCGCCCCGGACCUGCCGCUCCUGCCUGUUUUCUCUCUGCAGACUCGGCUGCAGCGGACGGGCCGCAGAGCCCCCGGCGCGGCCCGAGGACGGGGAGCCGCCGCCCACAGCGCGGGGCCGCAAUAAACCUGUGUUUGAGCACCCGGC